AUCAGUCCGUCAGACUUAUAGCAACUUGUCUGAUGAGGAAAUAAAGCUGGAAGUUCAACAGCUCUCUGCCAGUUUUCCAAAUGUUGGAUAUAGAACUAUUCAAAGUCUUCUUCUUUCAAAAGGUUUGAAAAUACAGGAACAUAAAGUACGACAUGCUCUAAGAGAGUGUGAUCCUUGUGGAGUGCUCUUUCGCAGAGUAUUUCUGACAUCUUCUAGAAUACAGAGAAGAACAUACUCAGUUAGUGGUCCUCAAGCACUGUGGCAUAUUGACGGAAAUCACAAAUUGAUAAGAUGGCGCCUAGUUAUUCAUGGAGGGGUGGAUGGCUUCUCAAGGUUCCCUGUAUUUUUGAAGGUCAGCAAUAAUAAUAGUGCACAAACUGUCCUAUGUGCCUUUUUAGAGGCUGUUACCAGCUAGGGUCAGGUCUGACAAAGGUGGUGAAAAUGUCUUAGUGGCAGAGUACAUGCUUCAGCAUCAACAAUCAGUUGAUAGACCAUUCAUUGCAGGGAGAUCUGUACAUAAUCAAAGAAUUGAACGGUUAUGGAGGGAAGUGUGGGCUGGUGUUACAAGUUUGUACUACACAUUAUUCUACAGCAUGGAAAACAACAGUAUUCUGGAUCCGACAAACGAAACACAUUUAAUGUUGCUACACCUUGUGUUUCUUCAUAGAAUACAAGCUCAUUUAGACAGAUUUACCGAAGCACUGAGGCGGCGUCCACUUAGAACAGAGAACAACAGAACUCCUUUGCAACUUUGGUUGACCAGUAAUCAUGCAACGAGUAUGGAUCAGGACAGUACAAAUGAUUAUGGUAUUGACUACAACCCAGGGGCGUUAAUAACUCAUCCAGAAUCAGUAGUUGUUCCAGACAGCAUGGAAAUCACAGAAAAUCAGAAACAACAGUUACAACAUAUACUUCAGAAAGACUCGAACAAUUUUGGUGUUGAUAUCUACCAAGAAAUAUUGGAAUAUUGGACUGUCAAUAACUUAUAACUAUAUUUUAGAAAAAAGGUGCAAGGAAAAUACAAAAAGUGAAGAAAACUACUUUUUUGCAUUUUUAGUCCACCAUCUACAAUGUACCAGCUAGUCAAUCCGUGGUCCAUCCGUCCGUCACUCCGUCCUUCCGUUAACAAUUCUUGUUAUCACAUCUCCUCUGAAUCCACCAUGUGGAUUUUGACAAAACUUGGCCUAAAUGAUCCCCCUGUGCCUUAGUUGGUCCUAACUGAGAAUGAGGUCACUAGGUCACAGUGACCUUCAACUUUGCACCUACUUUGAAACUACUGAGUGGAUUUCAAUGAAACUUGGUCACAAUGAUCCUUACUCAAAAUGAGAUCAGUAGCUCAAAGGUCAAGGUCACAGUGACCUUCAGUUAAAUUUUUGGAAAAAUUGUUAUCACAUCUCCUCUGAAACAAAUGGGUGGAUUUUAAUCAAACUUAGCCAAAAUGAUCCCCCAUUUCCCUAGUUGGUCUUAACUGAAAAUGAGGUCACUAUGUUAAAGGUCAAGGUCACAGUGACCCUUAACUUAAAUUUUUGAUAAAAUUUUGUUAUCGCAUCUCCUAUGAAACUACUGAGUGAAUUUUGAUGAAACUGUGCCACAAUGAUCCCCAGUGCCCUAUUUGGUCCUAACUGAGACUGAGGUCACUAGGUCAAAGGUCAAGGUCACCAAAAUUAUUAUUUCACUUAGAACAUUGAAAGUUCUUAGGUUUGUUGGUCAUGAUGUUUAGUUGACCACUUUCUGGAUUUAGGU